CAUUUAAAUAGGCCUCCAUGCGCAAUUUGUCUUAUAAAAUACUGUUAGAUUGAUAAAACAUGAUAAGAUAAAACAGAUCAAUUAUCAAGGUCCUAUGCGAAGAUCUCACGUACAGUUUUAUUGUGUAUGAAUAUUUAUGUCUGUUCAUUGCGUGUAAUAAAUCAAUAUUUCCGGAGGAUUGUUUUAAUACAACACAGAUUUUUCGUCAUUAUUCGUAUAAUUACACGUUUAGAGGUGUUAUCUGAUCGCUCAAUGGCAACACCCACAUGAACAAGUUGUUAUAAAUAUCACAUUUUGCGUAUCAGGAAAAAUGGAUAACAAGUGAAAUAGUAACAAACUUCGCAUUUUAAUAUUCUCUGACGGGUACUUCAGAAUAAGCUCUGCGAUUGCAAUGACUGGUAGAAGAUACACCAAGCGUAAGAGAUAAAUCAACGAGAUAGCAUAGAUUCACGUCCGUUCUCUUUACAAAAGAAUCACAUCGCGAAGACGUAUCUUGUAUCAGAAGGUGUACUCCGAGAAAGAGCGAGAGAAGACCUUCAGUUGACGCCUGAUGGGGAACGCGCCGCGGAACUGAUCGUUGUCCUCGGAAUCACGAGCGAUUCAAGUGAAAAACACGAGGUAUAGUUGCAGGAGGCACAGUGCUCACUCGUGCCUUUUCCUGACAAGGUCGUAAUCGAUGCGUGUACCGUUCACACGUUUAACGGGGUGUGCGGAAAUGGCGCGAUAUAUCGAAGAGGUCUAUUAUGAAACUGCAAUUAAAUUGACACGCGAAGCUGCCCAGAUUCUCCGGAGUUUCAUCGACAGUCCCAAGAACGUCAACGAGAAAUUAGGUGACUGGGACCUCGUUACCGAGUACGACCGUAAGAUAGAGGACGUUAUUGUCAGCAAACUUAAAAGCGCAUUCCCGAGUCACAAAUUUAUCGCGGAAGAAUCGACUGGUAAGGAACUACCUGAAUUGACAGAUAGUCCUACGUGGAUCAUAGAUCCUAUCGACGGCACCACGAACUUCGUUCACGGAUUUCCGCACACAUGCGUAGUAAUCGGUUUAGCCAUCAAGAAGGAAAUGGUCCUUGGUAUCGUGUACAAUCCCAUUCUCGAGCAACUGUUUACGGCUAGGAAAGGACGAGGCGCGUUUUUGAACGGGAAGCCGAUUCGAGUAUCCAAAAUCGAAGAUUUGUCGAAAGCUUUGGUUUGCAUGGAAUGCGGCUUCAUGAAAAUAGACGAUAUGCGGGAGAAGAUGGUGGAGAGAGUCCAAGCUAUCGUUAAGGCAGCUCAAGGUAUUCGCACACUCGGUGUGGCGGCAUUAACGCUGUGCUACGUCGCUUUGGGAAUCGUGGAAGCUUACCAUAUCGAAGGCCCUGGCAUUUCGACAUGGGAUAUAGCCGCAGCGUCUUUGAUCAUUUCGGAAGCGGGAGGCGUCGUUGUGGAUCGCGUAACGGGUGAACCGAUCGACAUCAUGAAGCCGCGAGCUAUAGCCGCGUGUAACGAGAAUAUCGCUCGCGACGUCGGCAGGAUCAUUCGCGAGGCCGAUCUACGGGUGAACGCGAGAACAAAGCACGCAAACGUUAGUAACACAAUAGACGUAUCUAACUUUGUAUGAGGAAUUGUCUAUCGGACCGUUCAUAAAUUUCGAAUUACUAUGUAUCAAAAGGAAAUGACAGGAAAAUUCCUGCUUCUUGUAUGAGCAACGUUAGCAUUGUUAUAUAAUUACAUAAUCUAUCAAAAACACAUUUACGCGUUUACUCGAUAAUAACUCAAAGUCUAUGUAUCUGAUAUAUCUGUAAGAAUAAAUAACUGUAGCAGUUCAUAAGUAAUCGCUCGUAAAAAAAUGUAAACACAAUUGGGUAAAACUGCAUAAAAGGUAACACCUCACCGAUUUUUUUUUAAAUAUGUUAUAGAAAAUGAAA